AGUUAAUUGACGGUUGGUCAUAGGCCACGUCACCCAUAUCAUAUCCAUCAAUAAACGGUCUUCCAUAGCUACUCAUCUUCUUCAAACAGAGCCUCUGUCGAGAAGGACGAAAAUGGCGUUUAACCUUUCUUCUCCUUCACCCUCCGCAGUUACACCUCUAUCUGCCCAUUCAAACCCUCGACAUGCUCUGCAAUUCAAUUUGAAGUCGGUGAGCUAUCGCGUGAGAUGUAGCUUAGAAUCAGAGAGCUCUUCAGCAGAUGUUCCAGAUACCUCACCAGAACCUAUCACGACAAAGACUCAAAACCAUUUGACAUCACGAAGAAGAUGCCUAGCAUGUUUAACAUCAUCAAUAGCUUUAAUAAGCAAUUCAAGUAGUCCCCAGGAAAAGGCAAUCGCAUCUGAUAUGAAACCAGGGUGUCGGAACUGUGGGGGUAGUGGUGCUAUUAUAUGUGAAAUGUGUGGUGGAACAGGAAAAUGGAAAGCUUUGAACAGAAAACGAGCUAAAGAUACAUACGAGUUUACUGAAUGCCCUAAUUGCUAUGGAAGAGGGAAACUUGUCUUCUUAGGAGGCCUGAUGCUAAACAAUUGCUUGAAAAGAUGUAUAAUGGGCGCCUACUUCCAAACUCAUAAGGUGUCAUUUGGGUUUUGGGGUGAUUCUUGAAUAUGGUAAAUAGAGGAGCAAAAACUGUUUCGUAUAUAGAAGCGGCUUGAGGGCGAAAUCGUAAUUGUCUUCAAGUUCAAGCUGCUGUUGAGAGGUUGAAUACAGGUUUCAGCUUUGUUCAUCUAUAAAAUAAGAUGAAAUGACUAUUUUAUUAUGUAUUAUGAUUAUGAUAUGAUGAAAGGAAGAUAGAUUAGCAAUCUGCUGAAACCUUCUAUAGAAUUUAAAAUGUAGCUUAUUGGAUACAAAAUUUUGCACUAACAAGAAUGGAAGUUUAUGGUUAUUACAUGGAUUUUUCCAUUUUGGGCAAUAAUCUUUAAUAGAAUGGAAAUGUACUUCCACUUUGUUAAAUUUUAUUCCUUAGACAAUGUGUGUGUUUUUUCAUAAAAAAAUUUGUACUAUAACCCAUUAUUAUUUAUAAAAAGUUUAAUGACCCCAAAACCCAAAUGACACCUA